UAGCUUAGCAAAUGAUUUGAAUAAAAUAAAAUUGAAAUAACCAGGAGCCUCCAAAAAGAUAUUGAUUUUUUUUCUACAACAAUUUGCCCACAGAUGUCAAAUCCAAAAUUCACACGUUUUCUUGGCGUUGUUUGUCGUCCGGCGUUCCAUUUUUUAUCGUUUAUGUUUUAUUUCGGCUGUUGUAAUGUAAAAUGUAACGUUGGACACUUGUCCGAUAUAGAUUUAUAAGUUUUUGCCAGAUUUUGGAAGUGACAUAAAUUCUAAACAUGUAGGUUGCGGAACACAAUUAAGGAAAUGUAUUCAAUAGCAGCACAAACACCCAUUUGACAGACAUAGAUGCUCAAUAAAUGGAUUGCACAUAAUUAAGGCUAUGAUGGCUUCGCACACACAACCCAAUAGACCCAGCUCCAUCAUGAGCCCAAAACCUACUACAAUCGAUUUAGUUGGCGGAAUCUACUGUAACAUAUGUAACUUGAUAUAUGCAAAUAAGAAGGAUUACGACCUACAUUACACUAAACACGAAACUGGCGGCAAGGACAUAGUUUACACUUGCGUAGUGUGUAGAAAAGAAAUCUCAGGCUAUCCAAGCUUUCGUGGUCAUUGUUACACAAGUCAUGUCAUCAAAGAGAGAUUUAAAUGCGAACACUGUUCAAAAUUAUUUUCAAAGUUUGCUUCACUACGAGAACAUGUCAUGGUAAUGCAUAGAUUCAGAUGCAACACUUGCAAGAAGGAAUUUACAUCAAAAAAAGAAUUGAAAUUGCAUGAAAUUAUUCACAAUGACAACGACAGUCCUCCUUAUGAAUGUAAAGCGUGCGGUGAGGAGUUAGACACUCUGGAAGACUGCAAGAAUCAUAUAGACGUACACUCAGCAUUCAUAUACUUUUGCCCCAUAUGUAAUGAAAAUAUAUCAAAUAAAGAAAACUCCAGUGAGCAUUUGAAGAAACAUUUUGGACAUGUGAUUAAUACAAAUACUAUUGAAACACAAAAGAGUUUGGACAAAGAGGAAAAUUCAGUUGAGAGAUUGGGCGGGAUUUCGUGUAGUUAUUGCUCCCAGACUUACAAGAACCGUAUGGAAUUUGAUGCCCACUUCUCAUGCGACCACGGAGACAAAGAUAUCAUAUACAGCUGUAUUGUGUGUGCAAAGCAGUUUGAGAAGUAUUCCGUAUUUAGUCAUCAUGCUUACAAUCACUUCACCAAAGGAAGAUUUUGUUGUGACAUAUGCCGGAAGACAUUCAACCGUCUCUCCCUACUGGUGACUCACACGGCCGCCUGUCAGACCGAUGCCGAAUGUAAGGGGAAGCCGUUCACUUGCUAUCAGUGUGGACACCGCUAUGUGACGGAGAUGAGGCUGAGGGAACAUCUGAGGGAUAUACACGGUGUACACUGUGUCAUCUGUCCGGAGGAAGGCUGUCAGGAAGUAUUUGCCACACCAAAAGAAUUGGUAUUCCACCAACGUGCGCACCAAUCCGACCGGAACUGGUGUCGCCAGUGUGGCCUGUUGUUCACCGGCCUCGCCUCCUGCGAGCGACAUCUCGACGUCCACAAGAAGAAGCUGUAUGUGUGUCCGGUCUGCAACAAGAACUACAGCGAGAAGCAUCUCAUACUGAAACAUAUCUCACAACAUUUUGAAACUGUUUUGCACAUUUGCAAAGUGUGCGGGAAGGUCUACAACGCCAAGAAUCGUCUGAUCGAACACUUCAAGUCGCACUCCGAGAACAAAACCCACAGUUGCACCUAUUGCGACAAGAGUUUCGUGAAAAUUGGCCAACUGCAGCAACAUCUGAACAUACACACGGGCUCCAAGCCAUACAAGUGUCCGGUCUGCUCGAAAACGUUCGCCAGCUAUCCCAACUGGCAUAAACACUUGCGUCGAAUGCACAACGGCGACGGAAAAAAUUAUAAGAAACCAGAUAUCGACAACGAAGAAGAGAACAUCCACGAUGAGAACGUGGAAGAAUAUCCUGGCGCCGAUAGAAGUGUACAGAAGACAGACGCGUCUCGAGAAGACAAGCACACGCACCUCAAGGUAGACGCGGAACCGGCUGGUAAUAAGGAAUCCAGACUGGACACAUACAUCUAUUACGAACCGAACGACAGCACCAUGGAGUCAGACAGCAUCGAUCACGCCGUCAUCGAGAAGGAGUUGGAAAUAUUCGAGAACACAAACGACGAGGGUAUCGGCAACAUCACGAAGUUUGUCAACGUCUUGGCCACGAACAAUACGGUGUGCGUUGGCGAGAGUUCCGAGUCGUCGGCAGCCAGCGCCUUCCCCGCCGAGUACGGGCCAGAGUUCAGCGGGGUCAUCGACCUGGACGACCACAUGUUGCCUCACAUCGAUCCGCUGCUCAUCAACAGCCAGCCGCCCCCGCCCUACGACCAGUUGGCCGACUCGUUGGUCGACUCGCUGGCCGACUACACCGACAACUUCGCCGAAGCCUACGCCCCCCCCAAAUGGGAACCCAUCAUCACCAAGGUGUACCAGGACUACUCCUACGGUUACGGAGAAAUGGUCGAGUCCAACCGACUGUCCAUAAUGAACACAGAUAUAUUUUGAAAGUUUUUUUUUACAUAUUUGACAUAUUUUUGUAACUUACCCGCAGCUACCUCAGUUAGUAACGAUGAUGUACCUCACUUUACAAUAUGAUGUAUUUUAAUGUUGAUAUAGUAUACACUUUUAACAUAUAUCCCACCAAGCAUUUAAUGUUAACAUAAUUCAUAGUUACACUACCUCAUUUAGUUAAGGCUCUCAUGUUCGCUUACACCCGGAACCUCUCCAGCGCCGUUCGUGUUGUUUUGUACGAAAUUAUUUGUACGGAGCGGAGUGAACGAGUUAAGUCUGCUCUUCGAUUUAUUUGAUAAUUAAAACGGGCUUUAAUAUGUAUCUUGUAUUGUAUGCAGCCGAGUCGCGGUCCGCGUCCCCGGACGAGUUAUACACAAGACUACCACAGCCUAUACACUAUAUACAAGAUUAUAUACACAGUGCAUAUACACGUUAAGAUAUUUACAAGUAGUUUUCAAUAGUUGUUUAAAUCAGUUCCUACAGUCUGUCCGGGGGCGUGAACUGCGACCGGAUAGUUUUGAAUGAUUUCCAAAGUCUUAGUCUUAGCCUAGGUCUCGGUGAGCGUGUGUAAAUAUAACGUACCUCUGUUCUUAUCUUCGCGGCAAUCUGUAACUUGCAUUUCAACCGCGCUUCAUUUCCCGGUCACCGGCCGGCUGCUCGCUGUUAACUUUAAACGCAAAUACCGUGACCUUGCUAUGUGUAAAGCUGCUACUACUACGCGUGUUACGUGACGUUGUUUUUCGCGCGGGCGGCCGGCGGUGACGUGCUCGUGCAUUUCGAUUUCGAUUCCUUUUAUUUCAUUAUUAUUAUUAUUCCUCCGCUCGGGGGGUCAUGGACGCAAAGCGUUUAUGGUAUUAGUGUAAGUGAAUCGAUAGUGCUGUGAUAUUUUAUGUAUAUUUAGAUGUAAGUGUAGCGAGCGUAGUAUAACGAGUACAAAAACAUUAUUUAUAACAGCGGUCUCCUUGCAUUGACGGUGGACGGUGACGUCAUCGCUGACGGCGGUCCGCUACGUGGCGAUGACGUCACCGUCCAGUGACACGUCACCGAUGAACGACAAACACUAAAGAGAUAUACAUGCGGUUGGUGUUGUCUGUUAUGUAUGGUCUCAUCAUUCGCGAUAGUCUUAGGACUAGGAAAUAGGACAAUUUACAGCCGUCGCCCGUAUGGACGGUGAGAUGCGAUGAGUACACAUAUCUACCGAGCAGAGGGUAGAGUGUUGGAGGGGUCCAUACGAGGUAACUACAGACGAACGAACUCACCCUGGCAGGUGACUGCAUAGUAGUGUAGACACGAGAAAAAUAUAUGAUAAAAUAUUAUCUCCGGAAUAUAGUUUCGAGAAAGUGUAAUAUUUACAAGAAAUGUUUCGGAGAUGGGGGUCUUAGUGAUAAACGUAUCCAAAGACUGGAAAGUAUUUAUAAGUUCGAUGAACUUAAUGUAUUGGAGUUUAAUCCGGGAUAACAGUCAGAUGUGAACCAGAACCAACAGGAUCAGCUCCGCGUGCAGCGGACCCUCGCCGUCCGCGGGCCGGUACAGCAUCAGGUAUGGAAACCGAUUGCAAAGGACAUACGCACGAGCAAGUCUAGCGGCAUGCUUUGGGAGAUUACAAAAAAAAUUGCUAUCAUUAAAUGCUAGUGAUGUCAUGCAAGUAAUUGGCUGUUCAGCUGAAAAUUCUGCAAUGUUGGAUCCUCCGGGUCCUCUUGCGGUAACGAAUCUUACACGUUUAAUGUAUCUGCGCUGUAGUUAGCCAUCUAAAGUUAGUGUCGUGUCUGAUUACGUUGGAUGAAGCUUGUAAAUAAACUUGUGGUGUAAUGUUUCACUGAUUCGUUCCGAUAUAUUAUUAUAGUUUUAACUACAGCGCAGUGUAACUGUCUCGCGCUAGCUCUGAUGCAAAAUACACUGCGACCAACUGAAAUUUAAAAAAUAAAAUGUAGUUCCCGCGUUCUGAAGGCUGUAUGUAAAUUUUUGUUUUUUUGAAUGAACAUCGUGUGUCGCAGUGCUUUUUGUUCCGUCACGACAGUAAUAGUAUAUAAUGAUUGGUGGUGUUGCAUAGUCUUAAUAAGUCUCGUCGUUCAGUGUAACAGUACUUAUUCAAAACUUCUAUAAUCAUUAAAAUUAUUACACUAUAUAAUAUUUCGUCGCAAAGGUAACAAUAUUGAGAUUGACGUCGCCAUUUUAAUGACAGUUCGAUUCCAAAUAUAAAAUUGUUACACUUGAAAGUUUUUACUCUUAUCUACAUACGUUUACAAUUUUAUUAAAAGAUAUUAAGUACUAUGAGUAUUUAAAUCUUAAAUUAUUUCUAUUCUAUGAUAUAUACGGUAUAUGUAAGAAUUAUUUUUGAUAAAAAAAAAAGAAAAUGUCGUGAUUGUGACCUUUGCGAUCUUUAUAUGUCCCUAGCUAUAGGUUUUUUAGGUUAGAGUCGAGCACAGGGUAUUGUGGUUCUAUUUUACGGAUGUGUUAUUUAAAUAUCUCGAUAGUUAAGAGUUAACACCCGCUGAUAACGAUGGUCAAACAAUACUACCUCAAUACCCGUCAUGUGUAACAGAUAGUUUGAAAAAAAAAAAAAUUAACUGUCAUUGAAUAAGUUUAAAAUGAGUUUUGUGACUCUCUCUCAAUCUAACUGUCGAACAUACCGAUGUAUUAGAUUUAAAAAUGGAACUUCGUAUGAGAAAUAUUCGUUUAGCGCUUCAAGGUUGUUGCAUUUUAGAUCGUUUAUAGCGUCUUAUUUUCUGUGUCGAUGUUGGUGUUAAAUAUAAAAUUGUUUGUAAGAGUUCCUCCUCGCUGCGUCGAAGGCCAGGGACCGCGGCCUAUCCUCGGCGAGUUCGUGACUUUGGCGAAAUGUGUAUUUUAUGUCGCGUUCGAUGUAGCGUUUCUUUUAGCUUCGAGGAUACAUGCAGUAGUUUAUAUUCGCUGGUCGAAUGUAUGAUUUGCCGAGCGCGUUGAAUUUCUACCGUUCGUAUUGCGACGGACAUGUUUGACGUGAGAACGUUGUGCGAGAAGCUUUUGAAAUUGUAAAUAAAAUUGCUGACCUUUGAUGUAUUUGAUUCCUGAAUGGAUUUUUUUUAAGAUAGUUGUAUCGCUUGUAAGUUCAGAUACUGUAAAGCAUGGUCCGCGUUGUUAUUUCUGUCUUACGACACACGGCUGUAUUGCUGUAUUUGAAUUGUUUCCAUUUUCAAAUCCUCCCGCGCUUUAUUGUUAUGGUGUCCAUAUAAUGUAUGUUUUUUUUUCUUUACGUAUUUUAAGCUUUUUAUAACUGUAACGACCGCCCGUGAUCCGGCUUUACAGUAUUAUUAAAUAAAUGUACCGAUCUACCUCUGCAAACGCAUGCCUCCAUAAAUACAGUAAUUAUAGUUUUUGUUAAUAUUUUUGUAUGUUAUUUAAAACAGAUAGAGUUUAGGGUAAAUAGUUUAUAAUAACUGUGCUGUUUCAAGAGAACGAUAAUGUAAGCAUGUUCAGUUAAGUAGAUAUUACACUCCAAUAAGAAUUGUAUCGGAAAUAAAAAUACAACAUAAUAAAGAAAAUCUGAAUAGUUA